AUGAAGAUUACACAGUUUACUUUUCUUGAUAAUGGAGGAAUUCGGUUUACUAAAUUUUUACAAAAAAAUGAUCCUGGUGGUAUCGAAGGAAAUUUGGAUUCACUUAUUAUACCUGUACCAGCAGAUCUGGAAGGAUAUUUGGGGCCUCAACAAAAAAUAGAUGCAUUGUCUACAUUAAUUAAUGUUGUUGACCUUCCGGAAUCUCAAAAUAAUGAAGAUAAUAAUGUUGUCGAUGAUUCUUUAAAUAAAAAUCAAGAUCUGCCGAAUUUGCCUCUUCAUGUUAAUGCGACUAAAAAAAAUCCAACUCUUAGUAGAAAAAGGUCAUUACAAUCAUCACAAUCUGGGUUGCAAAAUGUAUCUAAUAAUGAGCAAGGUACUAUGAUCAUUAAUAAUUAUUAUUUAAAUGGCGAUAAUAUUACAAUUAAUCAAUAUUAA